CGCUAGAUAAAUCCUCGCCUUGAACUUUACUCCUUACUCAGCGAAAAGCUGCAAUUAUAUACACGACGAAUUAUCGCCAACGAUCGACGCAUUGAGUGCAACCUGCCGCUCAGCAGCGCGACUUUCCGACAAUCUCAAGCGCCGAGUGGCAUCCUCAUCUCUGCUUUUCUUCUCGUUCUUCUCAAAACCAAAUAUCCCCCUCUUUUUCAUCUCAUCUGCAUUUCCGAUCAUCUAUUUAAACCACAGAUCCAGAUCUCGUCUAAAUUGAAAUGACGGAUCUCAACUAUCCAAUACAAUAAUCAUCAAAACCCUAGAGGUCAACAUCGUUGUUCAUCGUCAUCAUCACCAUCCAAUCUGGAGCAGUUGAAAUCCAUCGGCAGGGAGCUCGCCAUGGGCUCCCAAGCUGGAUGGAACCAAUCCAAGGAUUUCCUCGAUCUCGUCAAGUCGAUUGGCGAGGCCCGCUCCAAGGCCGAGGAGGACCGCAUCGUCCUCCACGAGAUUGAGACCCUGAAGCGGCGUAUUGCCGAUCCCGACGUCCCCAAGCGCAAGAUGAAGGAGUAUAUCAUCAGACUGCUCUACGUCGAGAUGCUCGGCCACGAUGCAUCGUUCGGGUACAUCCACGCUGUCAAGAUGACUCAUGAUGAUUCUCUGCUCUUGAAGCGUACUGGGUAUUUGGCCGUUACCCUGUUCUUGAAUGAGGACCAUGAUCUCAUCAUCUUGAUUGUUAACACGAUCCAGAAGGACUUGAGGUCGGAUAAUUAUCUGGUUGUCUGCGCUGCGCUCACGGCCGUCUGUAAGCUGAUCAAUGAGGAGACAAUCCCAGCGGUGCUCCCACAGGUCGUGGAGCUGCUCGGGCACCCGAAGGAGGCUGUGAGGAAGAAGGCGAUCAUGGCACUGCACAGGUUCUACCAGCGGGCUCCGUCUUCUGUCACCCAUCUGGUUUCCAAUUUUAGGAAGAGGCUUUGUGAUAAUGAUCCUGGAGUAAUGGGUGCAACACUUUGUCCUCUUUUUGAUCUUGUUACAGUAGACGUGAAUUCCUACAAAGAUUUGGUUGUCAGCUUUGUUAACAUUCUUAAACAAGUAGCAGAACACAGAUUGCCAAAGAGUUAUGAUUAUCAUCAAAUGCCAGCUCCAUUCAUCCAGAUCAGAUUACUAAAAAUUCUGGCAUUGCUAGGCAGUGGUGACAAGCAAGCAAGUGGAAACAUGUAUACUGUUCUUGGUAACAUUUUUAGGAAAUGUGAGUCGUCAAGCAACAUAGGAAAUGCCGUUUUGUAUGAGUGCAUAUGUUGUGUUUCGUCCAUAUACCCCAAUCCUCAGUUAUUAGAUGCAGCUGCUGAAGUAACUUCCAGAUUUCUCAAGAGUGAAAGCCAUAACCUAAAGUAUAUGGGCAUUGAUGCUCUUGGGAGACUGAUAAAGAUAAAUCCAGACAUUGCUGAAGAGCAUCAGCUGGCCGUGAUUGAUUGCUUAGAGGAUCCAGAUGAUACUCUAAAGAGGAAGACCUUUGAAUUACUUUAUAAAAUGACAAAGUCCACCAAUGUUGAAGUGAUAGUUGAUCGCAUGAUCGAUUACAUGAUAAGCAUCAGUGAUAAUCACUAUAAAACAGAAAUAGCAUCUCGAUGUGUUGAGCUUGCAGAGCAGUUUGCACCAAGCAAUCAGUGGUUCAUCCUGACCAUGAAUAAGGUCUUUGAGCAUGCAGGUGAUCUCGUCAAUGUUAAAGUGGCACAUAAUUUAAUGCGUUUGAUUGCAGAGGGAUUUGGAGAGGAUGAUGAAGGUGUAGAUAGUCAACUACGAUCGUCUGCAGUGGAGUCGUAUCUGCGCAUUAUUGGGGAACCAAAACUUCCUUCUUUGUUUCUGCAAGUCAUAUGUUGGGUUUUGGGAGAGUAUGGAACUGCUGAUGGAAAGUUUUCUGCUUCCUACAUCACUGGAAAGUUAUGUGAUGUGGCAGAAGCCCAUUCAAAUGAUGACAUUGUCAAGGCCUAUGCAGUGACAGCUAUCAUGAAAAUAUGUGCAUUUGAAAUUGCAGGCGGAAGGAAAGUGGAAUUGCUGCCUGAGUGUCAAUCCUUAAUUGAUGAACUAUCAGCAUCUCAUUCAACAGACUUGCAGCAGCGUGCAUAUGAACUUCAAGCAAUCUUGGGCUUAGAUUCUCAUGCAGUUGAGAGUAUAAUGCCAUCAGAUGCAAGUUGUGAAGACAUUGAGGUAGAUAAAAGCCUAUCAUUCCUCAAUGGUUAUGUGCAGCGAUCCCUAGAGAAGGGAGCUAGGCCCUACAUCCCUGAAAAUGAGCGAUCUGGAAUGGUGAACAUAAGCAAUUUCAGAAACCAAGACCAACUCGAAGCCUCUACUCAUACCCUCAGGUUCGAGGCCUAUGACCUUCCAAAGCCUUCCAUGCCGACAAAGCCAACCCCUAUUCCAUCCACAUACUCAACUGAGCUCGUUACAGUACAUGAUUCGACUUAUCCUAAAGAAACCGAUCAAGCUGCCCUGCCUCCUUUGGUCCCCGAUAAUGCACCCACGGAUCUUGGAGCGAAACUUCGACUCGAUGGUGUUCAAAAGAAGUGGGGCAAGCCUACUUACUCAUCUUCUUCUGCACCAUCUACCUCAGCUUCAAGUACCCAGAAAACAUCAAAUGGGACCACACAUGUUGGUGGGCUCAUGACAUCGAGCACACGAGAUGUCUCAUAUGAUUCAAGGAGGCAACAGGUUGAAGUUUCUGCUGAAAAGCAGAAACUUGCUGCUUCGUUAUUCGGGGGCUCAUCUAAAAACGAGAAAAGACCAUCAUCAGGCCAUAAGGCAUCAAGAGGCACCAGCCCUGCAAAUAUAGAUAAGGCCCACAUGGCAACAGCUGUCGCUCCAUCUACUGAACAUGCUGAUGAGAAGGCUGCCCCUCAACCGAAGGCUGCCCCUCAACCUCCUCCGGACUUGCUUGAUUUGGGUGACCCUGGUCCAGGAACCUCUCCAUAUAUAGAUCCUUUUACACAAUUGGAAGGACUUCUUGGUCCCACCCAAGUAUCCACACAAAUCGGUUCUGGCACGGUUGGUGCUACAAAGCCGUCCGAUCUUAUGGCUGAACUGUAUUCAGAUGCACCUUCAACUGGGCUGAGUGCCAAUAUUGCAGAUCUUGCAUCAACUGACAUAUCCCCUGCUAGUAUUAAAUCUGGUUUGCCCAGUAACACUAAUAAAACCGUCACAAAACAACUGGCACAAGUGAAGAAGGGUCCAAACCCUCAAGACUCCUUAGAGAAAGAUGCUGUUGCAAGGCAGGUUGGGGUGACGCCAACUGGUCAGAACCCAAACCUAUUCCGAGACUUGCUUGGAUAAAGCAGAUGGAGUGAUCGUGCCUGUUCAAACAGUAGAUGGAGGUGGAUAAGGAAAGUCUUCUUGGGAGUAAUCAAUUUAUGAUUUGAUGUGGGACUUCCAUGCUGGUCGAGUUUGGAAGGGUGAUGCUUGGUUUGAUUGAGAGAGCUGUCGGGUUCUGUGGGAAUCAUCGGCUAGGAAUCUGGCUUUCAGAGAGGUAUGUAUUCUUAAGGCAGUUUUUAAGUUUUUGUAUUAUUCAGGACUAUACGGUUUUUGUUAGUUUAGUGUGUACAUCGGUGCUUUUACCCAAAACACAGGUUAAGUGCAAUGGGUUAUAUGGGACUC